AUGAGUAACAACCAACAGCAGUGGUCAGCAGUGUUCGUGAUCCUCUUUGCCCUCAUCACCACCCUCAUCCUCUGUAGCUCCAACAGUGCCAGUGAGGUCUCUCAUUACAGCUCCCUGUGGGGCCGGAUCCGCCAGCUGGUCAACCUCAAGAAGUGGAGCAUCACUGACGGCUACAUCCCCAUUCUCGCCCACAAGACACUGCCCUCCGUCCUACUCGUGGUUGAGCACAGACUGGUUCACCGUGGUGACUGCGGUGGAGUAGCGUGA